AUGAUGUUGGUGCUGGAGAUUGCUGUAUUGCUGAGCGCAGCAUGGAUUGUUUAUGUGGCCUUUCAACUCUGGAAUCAUGCAUCCAAAGUGAAACACAUUCCCGGAACAUGGCAAGUCCUCUUUGCUCCAAUUAAAAUUCCACUCCUUGCUCCCACCUUCUACCUUGGAAAUUGGGAAGAAAUUUCGAAUAUCGUCAAGAAACAUGGAAAGGAUGGUGUUUUUCGAGUGAGCUAUUCGAACUUCAAUUCCAUUAUUAUAUCUAACAGGAAUCUGUUGAAAGAAGUAUUUGUGACCAAACAAUCCUGUUUUGACAAACCUGCCAUUGUCUAUGACACGUUUAAUGUAUUUGGAGAGAAUAUUGUGAGUUCUCUAACAACAGAAUCAUGGAAGAGACAUCACAGAGUUUGUUUUCCUGCAUUUUCUAUUGAUAACUUGAAUUAUAUGUGUGAAGAGGCUGUCAACACUGCAGAUUUAUUGUUUUCAAAAGUUUGGAACGAACGUUUGAAGAAAAACUCCAAAGAUGGACGAUCCUUCAUGUUGGAUGAAAAAGACUACUCCAUGAUCACCAUUGAAGUGUUAGGAAGAGCUGGAUUUGGUUUGAGUUUUGGCAUGUUUGAUGACAAGGAUGAAAGUGGACGACAGCUCAGAGAGGCCACUGAAAUUAUUUUCAAUCGUGGUCUCAUAUUGAGACGAUUCUUUGCACAUACACUCAUUGAGAAUGCAAUGAUGAAAAUUUCUGGAGUAGAAAAGGCAGUGGAAGUGGUGGAUUCUGCUCUUGGCAAAUGUAUUGAUCAAAGAAAGAAAGAACUUGAAACUGAUUUUGAUAACUUUUCCAAAAAGGAUAUUUUGAGUUUGAUGGUUAAGGCAAAUAUGCAAGAAAAGGCAUGGACGGACUUGGAGCUCAAAAGUAAUGCUUUUAUUUUCACACUAGCUGGAGAAGAGACAACCUCGACCACUUUAUUGUGGGUGAACUAUGAACUUGCCAAGAAUCCACAAAUUCAGGAGAGGGCUCGUAAAGAAAUUGAAGAGUUGCUUCCAAACAAACAAAAACCAACUUCGACAGACUUUGACAAAUUGGUCUAUGUCAAUGCUGUAAUUUUGGAAGCUUUGAGACUACAUCCACCUGUGUUCACAGUUUUAAAACAAGCCAAUAAGGAUGUCACUAUUGGUGGAUAUCACAUUCCAAAAGAUACCAUGGUGGAAUGUUCAUUUUACGGAGUGCACAUGAAUGAAGAGCUGUGGCCUGAACCACAAAAGUACGAUCCAGAAAGAUUCAUGGAUCUCGAAUUUAGAAGUAAGGUUCAACAUGAUUUUUCUUUUGUACCCUUCUCCAUGUCUCUCAGAAAAUGUAUUGGAUUCAAAUUCGCUCAACUUGAAGCGUGUAUGGUGUUGACGAGAUUGCUUCAAUUGUAUCGACUAGAAUUAAUGAAUGAUGAGGCAAAUGGAGAUGUCGUAAAGUUAUCGAGCGGUAUCACUGUGAGACCACAAAAUUUGAAAGUGAAAAUAACUCCAUUGACACAAUAG